AUGAAAGACAGAUUGUUGUUGAAAGAUCUUGUCCCUGGAAAGCCCUCCACAUGGAAUAGGCACGCCCUAAGUUUUGUAUAUGCUUCAAAUGAAGAUACUGCUUCUGUACCGGUGGAACUUGUAUAUCCUGAUGAUUCAAUCUCUAUUGGCUGUAAUGCCAGGGCAUCCGCCACUUUACACGGGGUAACCGAUGAUAACAAUGAAUUUUUGGAAUCUAUAGACAACAGUACCCUCAUUGUAUUUGCAUCCAAGCAUUUGGAGUACGGAUAUGCCUUUAGAUCCCACCCAAAGCUCACAGUUUUGAUCGCAACAUAUAUCACAUAUACAAUAAUACUCCUAUUUUUGUAUUUGCUAUUAGGCCACGAGAUUAUUAAUGGUUACGAGAGCUUGAUCCUCAACUUCGUGACAAUAUUAUCCCACGUCUUUUGCAUUGGAUUCAUGGUUAAACGCAUUGAAAUAUUACUAUUCAUUCACACAUUGUUUUCUAAUAUACUACUGUGUGUAUCAUCAAUUUAUGUGAAGACUGUCCCGCAGAUUGUUAGUAUGAUAAUUCAGACUCUUAUUUGUUACCACUCCAUCAUGGCCUUCAAGAAAGAAUCAUCUCACGUGUUUGUCACAUACAACUCGCAACAAUAG